CCUUAACCCACUGAAUGAGGCCAGGGAUCAAACCUGCAUCCUCAUGGAUGCCAGUCGAGUUCGUUAACCCCUGAGCCACAAUGGGAGCUCCUCGAAUGUCUUUUUCUAAAUAAAUGCAUUAAGGCAGUGGGGACAGGGAAGUGAGAUGAUUACACGUUAAUGAAAAAUCCAGCUAGUGUGGCUGUCAAGAGGCAGCAAGCAGGGACCACUUUUCUUUAUUUGCUGGAACACAGAGAGGGGUGGUGUUUGCCCAGCGUCACACAGCAAGUCAGAGCUGAGCUGGAGCUGAGCUGGUGCUUAGGCAGCAAACUGCUCCCAGUCCAAGGGUCCUAGGAUUGGCAGGAAGUGGGGUGCUUGCACUGGGGGCUUCUCAGACAGUCCUGCAGGGAGACGUGGCUCUGGAGGGGUGAAAACCUCAGAGAGAAGGGUCACCCAGUCAAACUUCUCCUUAAACAGUUGCUGCUGGAAUUCCCUGCCCUCCCCAAAGGUACAGGGGUCUAAAAUGUCUUGCUUCCCUCUGUCUCUCUGAGUUCCCCCCUACUGCCCACCUUGUGUAAACUUUAGGACUUCUCCCAGUCUUCUCAUCUCCCCCCAUCCCUUGUAGCCCUGGAACCAAGGCCAGCAGUCAUGGGGAAGUAAUGCAUAAAGCACCCCCCCCUGCCCCAGCCUGCGGUCUAACAGUUGUCUGGGCAUUUCCGGUUCACUGCCAGCAACCGGUCAGACAGUCCGGCAGGCCAGGGGCUGCAGCUAUUGGGAGUUUGCACCCAAGGCCCCCCCUCCCUGCCCCAAGGUCACACCAGUCCUGAAGCUGGAUGUCCUGCCCAUGUCACAAAGAGUCAGGGCACUUUCCAUUGCCCUGAAAAGUUGAUGGGUGACAUUUGCCCAGAGAAGUCAAGCAACCCUCCCAGGGCCACACAGCAGGUGCAGGACCCCACCCACACAUGCCCUGUACUCUGACCUUCCCCCAGCAGCAUGAGUGACCCGGAGCCACCCACUAAGACCACCGGGGUCAACACCCCCACCUGGCCUACUCAGCCCACGUACAGCAACCUUGGUGAGGUCCGUGCCCACCUGCUGCCUUCCAAGCCCUGCCGCCCCAGAACACCGGAGCCUCCCUUGGCUGACCCGCAGCCCCUGCCUCCACCCCUGCCCAAGAAGACCUUGACCAGGACCCAGUCACUGCCCACCCACAAGGCCCCCAGUCCCAGCCCUGUUCAAUCAGGGCAGCAUCGGAAGCCGCUUCUGGGAUCCCUCAGUGUGGACGAGAGCAGGGCAGGCGACCAGAGGGUGGAGCCAGCCCGUCCGCCUGCAGAGCUGCCCUUCUGCUCGCUGGACGCAGAGCUGGGCCUCUCCCUCCACGACCUGCACCGCCCGGAGGCUGUGCACGCAGCGCUGGAGGCCAGGCAGCUGGAAGGCCUGCGUGUCGUGCACGCCCGGCUGCACGCCCGGCUCCUGGGGGGCCGCCCCGGCCCCUGCCGCCCCGGCCACGACUUCCGCCUCUUGGACAGCUCGCCCUGCUUGGAGAGCGGGGACGCCCUGUACUACCGCCUGGUGCGCGCGGAUGAGGAGGCGUGGCACCUCCUGGCUGCCAAGGUGCCCAAGCCGGGAGCAGAGGAGCCCCACCCAUGGGGCCUGGAGCUGCAGGCCUUGCUGGCCCCACAUUUCAACCUCCAGGGGCUGUGUGGGCUGGUGCCUGAGGGUACACUGCCCGAGAUGCCCUGGAGGGGCCCCGUGGCCCUGGCGACGGAGGUGCCAGAGCUCACGGUGGCCCAGUGGCUGGUGGAGGCGGGCACACAGCCGCCCAUGAAGUUCACAAGGGCCGUGGCUCUGCUGCUGCUGCAGCUGAGCAUGGCCCUGGAGCACCUGGAGGCGCAGGGUGCAGCCCUGGCUGAACUUCGGCCUGAGAACCUGCUGCUAAUGUCCCCACGGGGCUGUGGGGCCACUGGACCCCCACGCCUGCUGCUGGCAGACUUUGGCCGCGUCCACCCGUGUCCCCAGGGCCCACUGGGCGCCCAUGCGCGGCAGCUGAGCAGCCUGCUCCAAAAGCUGCUUGGUCCCCGAAAACCCUUGGCCACGCCCUUGGCUGUCGGCCUCGAGCACCUGGCGGUUCAGCUGGCCCGCGUGAGGCCCUCUGCAGCCCGGACGCGCUGUGCACUGCAGGUGCUGCUCUGGGGACCUGAACAGGAGCUGCGUGGCCGCAGAGCCCAGCUGGGGCCCUGGCUGCUGGUGCGGCGUGCGCUGCUGGUCCUGCACCUGGCAGAGCGGGCUGUGGGUGGGGAGGUGCCCCACCUGGAGGACUGGCUGUGCUGUGAAUAUCUGGCCCAGGCCACUGAGGCCUCACUAGACCUUGCCCUAGAGCUGCUGUGGGACUGACCUUUCCUAUGAGUGAUACACCAGUUCCAAGCCUCUCCAAGAGGCAGGCUCCCCUUCCCAGGGUGGGGUGGUGGCCCGUGUCUCCACCAUAGUGAGGACACCCCCUUCCAGAAGGGGCCAGAAGGCCAGCAGAGAAACUGAGGGCCCAAGUCCUCCGCAGGAAUGCAGGUCCCCUGCUUCCAGGGCUAAGGGCUAUUGGCUGGUGCCUGCAGAGGCAUUCUGAUGUCAGUGCUGCCCACCCCACUUCAGGUGGGGAACCCCCUGCCAAUCAAUGUCUCUCAGUGUGUGGAACCCUCCCCCCACCGCCCCCCACUCUCCAGCAGAAGCCAGAGUGCCCUCCUGGUACCGGAGUCUGAUGGUCACCGUCUCCAUGACAGUGUGGACACUCCUCCAUAUGGAGGCACUGGAGGGAUUUCCAGUCCUGGAGCAAACCCUUGUGCUGAGGACAUCAAGUGUGAACAUCCUUGUCAAGAGCUGCUUGGGGCCUCCAGGGAAGGGAUGCUCCCCAGAACCUGAGCCAGCCAGCCCACCCCAGCACAGCCCACCCAAGUGGAGUCUCUCCAAAGGUUCCCAUGGUUUCCAUGCCUGCCCCCACAGCAGCUGCCUAGCUGCUCCUCUGUGAACUAAAUUCUGUCCAGCCACCAAGUCUUUGCAUGAGCUGUUCUCUCUGCCAAGCUCUGAAUCCUACCUAUUCUAAGCAAAUAAAGUUGUACCUCCUGGGCCCUU